GCCAUUAUACUAUCUGUCAAAUAUUUCAAAUUGAAGAAGUCGCUCGAUUGUUCAACAGAAAAUUGGAGGCAAUCUAUUGUAACUGCUUUAAUUUUAUCGACCUUAGUAUGGCUCAAAACAUCAAUCCUCAUUAUUCUUCGUCCUCUAAUCCCGAGAAACAGAACGAGGGCACGAUUAAACUGAAAGACAAUCACGCUGUAAGCAAAAGACUGCAGAAAGAGUUGAUGGAGCUGAUGAGAUGCGCUGACAAGGGCAUUUCGGCAUUUCCAGAGAGUGAAAACCUAUUUAAGUGGAUAGGCACCAUUAACGGCCCGCUGGAGACAGUUUACGCGGGACACAAGUACAAACUGUCCCUGGAGUUCCCCAACUCGUAUCCCUACGCUCCUCCCGUUGUGAAGUUUGUGACUCCGUGCUUUCACCCCAAUGUGGACACCUGUGGUUUGAUAUGUUUGGACAUUUUAAAAGACAAGUGGACAGCUUUGUAUGAUGUCCGCACAGUCCUACUCUCCAUCCAGAGCUUGCUAGCUGAGCCCAACACGCAGAGUCCGCUGAACCAGCAGGCUUCGUACCUGUGGCCCAACCAGCCCGCCUACAAGAAGUACCUAGAUGAAUUUUACAAUAAACACAAAGACUCAUAGUCGGGUCGGUAGUAAUGUUUGGUUGUUUGUGUCAAUAUGAUUCUCUGAUUGUGUUGUAUUUUGUGUUUGUGUCGAGUUUGUGCUGAUAUUUUGUGUCUGCGCUGUGAAGUUGGGAUUUUGGCAAGCUAAUCUUUCACUCUGGUUAUAGGAUAUUUGUUUUCAUUAUUCUUUGUCUUUAAUUUAUAAUUUUUCAAUUAAGAUAAUGAUUAUAUUGUAAUAAAUAACUAUUCCGCCUGAAUUAUGUUUUCUGUUUCUAUAAAUUAUUUUUUAGGUUUUUGGCUUGUCAAUGUUCACUUCAUUGGUUUGUGAAAUUGGUAUGAAAGAUUAUGUAUAAAUAAAUAAAAGAUCACUGACAAAUAUAAUUCUUUAGUGCAAUUCAAA